GUACCUGAAUGUUCGAUACGUGUUUGUACUUUGAUGGUUUUGUCUCGUUUGUGACACAGUUAACGACCGUACAACACGUGCAACAUGCUGUACACAGUUACCGAAAAGAUUCAAAUGAUAAAAUGGUGCUAUCAAGGGCAGUCUAGACGACAGAUUCAGAGUUCGUUUAUUAACAAAUUCCCCGACCGUCCGACACCGGCUUUGUCGACCAUUAACAACGUGAUAAAGAAUUUCGACAAGUAUGGUUGUGUCGACUAUUGUAAUCAUAGUAAAGAUGCGCCGAUGAAUGAGGAACGGGAAGAGAGGAACAUUAUGAUUUGUGCCUUGGCCAAUAGUGAUCCUACACUGACUCCCGCCGAAAUUGCUGACCAAGUAGACACAUCGGCCUCGACUGUACGAGCUGUUUUGAAGAAAAAUGGACAAAAGGGGAAUGUUUCUUGCAAUUACCUGAAUGAGGAGGAUAAAAAGACUAUUGCCAAACAAAAUAAUAAAAUUAAGUACUACAAGACUAGAUCUGAACAAAUGAAGAGCCAAAUUCAGACAUUAAAUUCACAAGUUGAGGAACUGAAGGAAAUUCUGAUAGAUUUAACAAAAAACUCUUCCAUAAUAGAAAAGGAUGUAGAUAAUAUGGUAGAGACAAAUAAUAUGGAAGAGGCGGAUAAUAUGGAAGAGGCAGAUAAUAUUAAAAUAGAACCACGCAUAAAGAGUGAAACUGAAGAACCACAAUCCUCCACCACAGAGUACACAAAUGUAUAUACUGAUGGGAAUGGUAUUCCCAUGUAUCAAGACAAUGAAGGAAACUUAAGUUACCAAGUGAUUAAAAUUGAACCAAGUGAUUAAUUAGCCAUAAGUUAGAAUAAAUAAAGGUAUAUACAUGUUAAA